AUGGAAGUUAGAAAUUAUUUAUCAAGUGAAGAUUACAUAUUUGAAUUAGAAAAUAAUGAAAAUUUUUUUGAGCAUAAGCUACCUAGCAAUAUAAAACCAACAUGGAGUUUUAAAGGCCAUAAUAAUUCUAUAGAAGGAAUACAUGUAAUAAAUGAAAGUAAAUUUGUAACGGUUUCUCAUGAUUGUUUUGUUUCAUUAUGGAAUAUAGAAAAUAGAAAAAACUUAAGAAAUAUAAAGUUAGACUAUCCAAUAUUAUGUUCUAGCUAUAAUAACAAGAAAAAAUACUUGUGUGUGGGUAUGACUAAUAAAAAUAAUAACAUAUGUUUAAUAGAUAUAGAGAAAAAUAAAAUUAUAGAAAACUUUGCUAGUAAAUGCAAUUCUAUAUUUUGUAUAAAUUAUUUUGAUGAAGAUAAAGUUACUUAUGGAUGUAAAGAUGGAUCAAUAUGCUUAAUGGAUUUAAAUAAAAAAAAAAAUAUUUAUAGAUAUGAAGAAUUAGGUGAUUGUUUAAAUUGCUGUACAUAUAAUAUGAACCACAAAAUGCAUAUUUUUAGUACACAUAAAGGAAAUGUGCUAUUUUUUGAUUUUAGACAUACCUCACCUGUUCAUCAAAAUAAUAAUUUGCAUUCAAAAUAUUCUAUUAAUUCAUUAUUUUCAUAUAACAAUUAUUUAUAUUCAGGUGGAUCUGAUUGUCUAAUAAAAAAAUUUGAUUUGAGAUUCCUUGAUGAAAGGAAACCUUUAGAAAUAUACAUUGGGCAUACGUCACCAAUUCGAUUUAUAUCUUUUUCUGAUAAUUUUCUCCAUUUUUGUUCUUCUUCUGAUAAUGGAAGUAUAAAAAUGUGGGAAACCAAUCAUAAUAUUGAAAAAGUAAAUAAAAUUUCUGCUUCUUUAAUUACUCCUUCAAUUAUUCCUUCUCUUACAGAAAAUAUGACUACUAGAUUACAAGAUAAUAGAAGUAGAAAAAUUGGUAAAAAUUUCUUGGAAUUAAACAAAAAAAUCUUGUCAAGUAGCCGAUCAAGCUCUAUUGUAUCUGAAUAUACCAAUAGAAAACCAUCUCUUCUUCUAAAAAAUAGUAAUAAAAAAUAUGAAAAAAUUAUUCCAGAUAAAAAAAGAACAUCAACGUCCAAUGUUCUGAGUUUAAAUGAAGAAAAAGUAUCAGUUAUUUCAAAAAAUGAAUUAUUUAAUAACAUAAAAACAAAAAAUCUAAAUAAAAAAAAAGAUACUCUGAAUAAUUUUAAAAAUGAUAGCUACUCAAAAAGUACCUAUCUACAAGCGAAGAAAUUAGAAAUAAGUAAUAUUAAAGCAUAUAAUAAAUUGAAUAUUACUAAGCCACUUCAUUGUUCCGCUUAUACAAAUAAUGAUUUUAGAUUGACAAGUAAAGUUAAUUUAAAUAAAUCAAAUGAAAUAAUAAAGAAUACUGAUAAACUUUCAAAUAAAUUAAAUGAUUCCAAUAUAAAAAUUUUAUUUCAAAAUAACGAUUUAGUAAAUUUUAUACAAAAAACAAAAUUAAAAAAUUCAACCUUAUCUAUGCUAAAUCACAGAAAUAGAGUUUCUUCAAUGGAGUGGUCAAACAAUAUUAUUUUAUCCGCCUCAUGGGAUCAAACAAUUAAGUGUUGGGACGUUAAAAAAUACUUGAUAGAUCAAUUAUAA